GCACACUCGUUUACCACUACUUGGGAUACUCCUAUAAACUUUUAAAAGCUAGGUUUGUUGUCAAUGCUCCCAAAAGAACCAGACUAAUGGCCUGAUACUGUACCAAAGGCCGGCCAGACCUUCCAACCUUGGUUAAGAAAACGACUGUUUUCAUCGCUCCUUGCUCGUCUUGAACGCUCCCGAUACAUCAGAAAGCAGAGACCAUACAUCACUAGCUGUGAAGAUUCUCAAGCAGCUUAUAUCACGCAAUGAAGAGAAGCCUGCUCGUUGCCUCCAUGGCGCUGCUCGGGCUUGCGUGGCCUUCGCCUCUCCCAGACGCAGACUCCACGUGUACGAUUACCACCAGGAAGAGGCCAUCCUUUGAGACCAACUGCACUUUUUACGCUAAGACAAAGACAUGGACUCGAUACAUCGACUGCGGUGGAUGUGCGCUUACAACAAAGUACUACGGCCUUGGACUUCCCUGCCGAGCAUCUACGACUAUUGAAGGCGUCGCCCAUGUGACUGAGACUUCUUGCGAAGCGUCUAGGCCAACGGAGCUGAUGGAUGGCGUUGCAUCAGUCACGCCCACUCCUACGCCUCAGGCGGAACUCACGCCAGAGGACAAGCCUUCAACCACGGCCGCGUCUCCAGCUCCCACGUGCACCCAAUUCGUGUUCCCCAAGAUGAUGGACGAGAACUUCACCGAGGGCGUAUGCCAUGAGUACCCGGGCACGUCAACAACAACCACAUAUACGGACUGUGGAGGCUGCGCGUUGGAGACGUUUGCCUUUGGGCCUGGCCCGGUACUGACCCCUUGCACGGCGACGGUGACGGAGGAAUACUGGUCAGUCAUGACAGAGACCGCGUGCGAGACGUCUGGGUUGCUAUAAGUCCUUAUGUUGCUCAUUUCAUAGGGUACAUAGGAUAUCGCUAGUCUUUUAGAGGAGACACGUCUCGUGCAUUGAUGC